GUCAGUUUGGCGUUGGGUGUCGGAGGGCGCGCGGCUGGCUGGCCCGAGGCCGGGCAGCGGGGCCUCCGCCAUGCCCGGGAUGGUGCUCUUCGGUCGGCGCUGGGCCAUCGCCAGCGACGACCUGGUCUUCCCGGGGUUCUUCGAGCUGUCCCUGCGAGUGGUGUGGUGGAUUGGCAUUUUGACUUUGUACCUCCUGCACAGAGGCAAGCUGGACUGCGCCGGCGGUACCCUGCUCAGCAGUUACUUGAUUGUCCUUCUUGUUCUCCUGGCAGUUAUUAUAUGUACCCUGUCAGCCAUCGUGUGUGUCAGCAUGAAAGGAACCAUUUGUAAUCCUGGACCCCGGAAGUCUAUGGCUAAGCUGCUUUACAUCCGCCUGGCGCUCUUUCUGCCAGAGAUGGUCUGGGCUUCACUGGGGGCUGCCUGGAUAACAGACGACAUUGAGUGUGACAAGACCGUUGUGAGCGGCAUCAUUGCCACUGUCAUCGUCAGCUGGAUCAUCAUUGUCUCAACUGUGGUUACCAUCAUCAUUGUCUUUGACCCGCUGGGGGGGAAAAUGACCCCCUAUUCGUCCGCCGGCCCCAGCCACCUGGACAGUCCUGAGUCGAACCAGCUGCUUAAUGGCCUCAAGACCGCGGCUACCAGUGUGUGGGAGACCAGGGUCAAGUUGCUGUGCUGCUGCGUCGGGAAAGACGACCAUACUCGGGUGGCUUUUUCGAGUACGGCAGAGCUUUUCUCAACCUACUUUUCAGACACAGAUCUGGUGCCCAGCGAUAUCGCGGCAGGCCUCACCCUUCUCCAUCAGCAGCAGGACAGUAUCAGGAGCAGCCAGGAGCCUGAGGCGGUCGUCAGCCAUUCCCCGGGGCCCCCCCAGGAAGCUGAUUUAGAUGCAGAGUUAGAAAACUGCCAUCAUUACAUGCAGUUCGCGGCCGCCGCCUAUGGGUGGCCCCUGUACAUUUACCGGAACCCCUUCACCGGGCUGUGCAGGAUUGGUGGCGACUGUUGUAGAGCCAGAACCGCGGAGUAUGACCUGGUUGGAGGUGACUGGCUUAGCUGUCACUUUGGCUCUGUCCUGCAGACGACAGGGCUGCAGUACCGGGACCUCAUCCACGUGAGCUUCCAUGACAGGGUCUACGAGCUUCCCUUCUUAGUGGCUCUGGACCACAAGAAGGAGUCUGUCGUGGUGGCUGUGAGAGGAACCAUGUCCCUCCAGGACAUCCUCACGGACCUGUCAGCCGAGAGCGAGAGCCUGAACUUGGAAUGUGGAGUGCAAGACUGUUUGGCACACAAGGGGAUUUCUCAGGCGGCCGGAUACGUGUACCAGCGCCUCAUCAACGAUGGGAUCUUGAGCCAGGCGUUCAGCAUCGCUCCCGAGUACCGGCUCGUGGUGGUGGGACACAGCCUGGGCGCCGGCGCGGCAGCCCUGCUGGCCAUCAUGCUCCGGAGCACACACCCCCAGGUCCGCUGCUAUGCCUUCUCCCCGCCCGGGGGGCUGCUCAGCAAAUCCCUUUAUGAAUACUCUAAGACCUUCAUUGUGUCCCUUGUGCUAGGCAAGGACGUCAUCCCCAGGUUAAGUGUGACCAACUUGGAAGAUUUGAAGAAGAGAAUCUUGCGAGUGAUUGCGCACUGCACCAAGCCCAAGUACCAGAUCCUGCUGCGCGGGUGCCGCUAUGAGCUGUUCGGAGGAAACCCGGACAACUUUCCGACGGAGCUUGACGGGGGCGCGCAGGGACACCUGACGCAGCCGCUUCUGGGGGAGCAGAGCCUGCUGACGCAUGGGUCCCCGACGUACAGCUUCUCCAGCGACUCCCCCUUGGAGUCCCCCGCCAAGUACCCUCCCCUCUACCCCCCGGGCAGGAUCAUCCACCUGGAGGAGGAAGGCACUGGGGGGAGGUUCUGCCGCGCUGCUGCUCGGUAUAGUGCGAGAUGGGCACACGGGUCACAGUUCAGCAAAAUACUCAUCGGCCCCAAGAUGUUAACAGACCACAUGCCCGACAUCCUGAUGAAAGCCUUGGACAGCGUGGUGUCUGACAGGGCCGCCUACGUCUUCUGUCCCCCCGGAGGAGGCGCGAACGUGGACGUGGUGUAACGAGGCACGUGCUCACGUUUGUUCUUGUGUGGACAGUAGCAGAAUGAGUUCGUGAGGCCAGUACCUUGGAUGUCCAUAGAUAGGAAUUCGACAGGUACUGGAUUUGGUGGUCUUCUACAUCACUGAAUAGCUUGGGAAGUCAUCGUGAUCACAGGAUUAGCAAGAUCAGGGGUCAGGAGAGAACACGGAGAUAUGGGACUCAUGUAGGAAGCUUCCGGAAGCUCUGGGGCAAUUCCCUGAUGAUCUCGGAACUGUCCCAGCAGAAGGUGGGAUCCAUGGCCGGGUUUGAGGCACGGACGAUCUGUGGACUCCCCCCGCGUCCCACCUUCCACUGGCAGGGGCUCAUCUUACCGCUCUUUAGGGUCCGAACCCAGCAUACAGACGUGCAGCUUAUUUGGCAAAGUGGAUUUUCCUGGCUCCACACACUUCUUCCUUGUAAGGGACGGAUGGGCUUCCUCCCGGGCGGUCCUGAGGGUCAGCUGCGAGGUCGGGCUGGGGAGUCGGGGCCCGGGCCCCUCAGUGCUCUAGCCUCCUUAACAUCGCGCUGACUGCUUCCUGCUCACAGACUGUUCUGGCUUUGGGAGGUCAGCGAGGGGAUUCAGAGGGAAUUUACAAUAAAGCAUUUAUGCGUGUC